CCUACACCUGUCUCGACGAUCUCGCGUUGAGACAGCAGCGCCAUCUUUUUUUUGUGGAGCGCUUACUCUUGCCUUCAGCAGGCGUGAUUAUUCCGUCGUAUUACUCGCAUUUGCCGUACAUUGGUGCAAAAGCAAACGACUGGGGCAGGCGACAAACGCGCUCAGCGGCCUGCCAAGCCCGGCUUUCGCUUGCCGCCAAAAAUCCAGAAAGCGGCCAUCAAAAUUUCUGACUCGAUCGCGCAUCUGGUCUCCACACAACCACCUCAUCGAUCAGCAGGCUCGAUCUUGCCCUCAUCUUAGACAUCGAGCCCAGAAAUAGACAGUUUCUUGUUUUGGCCCACAAAUCGUACCGUAAUCAUGUCGUUGAUAGACAAAGUGCCCGGCGAACUGAACUUGUAUAUUGGCGGGCUGUUUACACUGCAGCGCGUGGAGCAGAUGCGAAAGGCGAACAUCACCCACGUGCUGUCCGUUCUGCGCUACAAUAAGGAAAGCCCGCUGUUUAAACCAUAUAAACAUCUGCUCAUCGACGUGGAUGACGUCGAAGAUGAGAACCUGCUGCAGCAUUUCCCCCAGACCAACGCUUUUAUCCAAGAUGGCCUUGAUGGCGGAGGAGGGGUCUUUGUACACUGUGCGAUGGGCAAGUCCCGGUCAGCAACCUGUGUUGCAGCAUACUUGAUGUCCCGCUAUCAUAUUUCGCCGCAAGAAGCACUGGAACAAAUAAGACUGUCACGACCAAUUGUCGAACCUAACGAAGGGUUCAUGCAACAGCUAGACAUGUAUCAUCGGAUGAAUGCACCUUUGAACGUAGAGGAGUCACCUAUCUACCAGCGGUGGAUGUACCAACGCGAAGUACAACUGAGCAGCGAAUGCGGUAUGGCACCAGAAGCUGAUAAAAUCCGAUAUGAGGACGAGCAUGUGAGCGCCGGCGAUGAGGAAAACGUCGAGUUUGAUAUCAAAUGCAAAAAAUGCCGAAGGACCUUGGCUACCAGUGCAUUUGUGAUACCACAUCAACCGCCUCCGCACAAUGAGCCUUUUCCUCCGUCGUUAACAUGCGCCCACCACUUCAUAGAUCCAUUGUCGUGGAUGCGGAAUGAACUUGGAAAGGGGGAGAUUGAAGGGCGCUUUGACUGCCCAAAAUGUAAAGCCCAGAUAGGCAAAUACUCCUGGAAGGGUAUGAGGUGCAGCUGCGGCAAAUGGGAGACGCCUGCCAUCACGCUGGCCAAGAGCAGAUGUGAUGAAGUGAGAAAGACCAACGUCGGAGGUAUGGGGGUUCGAAGAGGGCCCGGCGUUGGUCUGCCAGCGACUAGAGCUGGGGGUAGAGGAUUGCUGUGACCGAAAGGAGGCUGAGGACGCAUCAUUACGAAGAGAAGUCAUGAUUGCAUUGAUGAUUCCUGCAUUUAGACAAGCGCUGCGACAUGCUUUGAGAUACGCAUAGUUAGAUUCUAAAACGGGUUGAACACGUAAACUGCGAACUUGGGCAGCAUAGAUGAGCUGGUUCGUUUGACGAUAUAUCUAUGCCUUUUUU